AUGCCAGCUGCUACAUUUAAUUCUAAACAAUUCUGGGCAGAUGCGGACUCGCAUCUGAUCCGAUACAGUGGAGGAGGAUCUUUUGUUAACAGGGUCAUCGUCAAUGCUCAAGGAUGUACCAUGAUGGAUUCAGAAGGAAAUGAAAUCAUCGACUGGACGUCAGGGCAGAUGUCUUCCAUGUUAGGUCAUGCCAAUCCCGAGAUUGUCCAAGUAGUGAACGACUCAAUGUCAACGCUUGAUCAUCUCUUCUCUGGAUUCAUUUCAAGACCUGUCGUGGACGCCGCAACAAUGUUAGCAAGUUUACUACCUCCUGAAUUGAGCAAGGUCCAGUUCUUGAAUACCGGAGCAGAAAGUAACGAAUGUGCUUUGAGGAUGGCGAAGCUUUAUACCGGCAAACACGAAGUUGUGUCUUUCUCUUCUAGCUGGCACGGGAUGACGCAAGCUGCUGCUGCUGCAACCUACUCAGCCGGACGAAAAGGAUAUGGACCCAACUCGCCCGGGCAGUUUGUUCUUCCUACACCUAACGCUCAUGCGUCGCGUUUCCGAAACCCCGAUGGAUCGUACGAUUGGGAGGCUGAACUCAACUUUGGUUUUGAGUUGAUCGACUGCCAAUCUACGGGAAACCUCGCUGUUGCAAUUGUUGAGCCCAUUCUGUCCUCAGGAGGUGUUAUAGAACUACCUCGGGGAUACAUGAAAGCUCUGAAGAAGCAUUGCGAGAACAGAGAUAUGCUCCUCAUUAUCGAUGAAGCACAGACCGGUGUUGGGAGAACUGGAGACAUGUUCGCAUUCGAGCAUGAAGGCGUCGUACCUGAUAUCCUUACCCUUUCCAAGACUCUCGGUUGUGGUCUUCCUGUAGCUGCUACGAUAACUUCUGCCAAGAUUGAGCAAGACGUUUUUGAGAAAGGAUUCUUGUUCUACACCACUCACGUCAGUGAUCCCCUGUGCGCAGCUGUAGCCUUAAAAGCUAUGGAGAUUGUCACAAGGGAUCAGCUACAUCUGAGGGCCAGAGAGCUCGGCAACAUAGUCAAAGAUGGUCUUUUGCAAUUGCAAAAGAAGUACAAAUGUAUUGGUGAAGUCAGAGGAAGAGGACUUCUGCUAGGCGUGGAGAUCGUUGCUGGUCCAAACUCCACUGAAUCAGCCCAAGCUCUAGGAACGGCAAUUUCCGAUCGAUGUAUGGACCUCGGUCUCUCGAUGAACAUCGUUCGACUCGCUCAUAUGGGUGGUGUUUUCCGCAUUGCACCUCCUCUCACAAUUUCAGAAGACUUGAUUGGUAAGGCUUUAGAGCUCAUGGAUGAAGCUUUCAGAACCACAAAGGGGACUACUUGGUAG